CAAAAUCAUGGGAAAGAUAAUAUUCUAUGAGGACAGAAACUUCCAUGGUCGUAACUAUGAGACUAGCGGUGACUGCCCUGAGGUGACCUCAUACCUGAGCCACUGCUGCUCAUGUAGGGUGGAAAGCGGCUGCUUUAUGGUCUAUGAGUGCACCAACUUCAUAGGUCACCAAAUGCUGGUAAGAAGAGGAGACUAUCCUGAUAACCAACGGAUCAUGGGAGCAAGCAUCAGUGAUUGCAUCAGAUCUUGCAGAAUGAUCCCUAUGCAUAAAGGAACAUUCAGAAUGAGAAUCUUUGAAGGAGAGAACUUUGUUGGACAAAAGUAUGAGCUGAUGGAUGACUGUGAGUCAAUCCAGGAACGUUUUAACAUGGCUGAUUGCCAGUGCUGCAAUGUCACACAUGGCCACUGGCUUCUGUAUGAACAGCCCAAUUUCGAAGGCAGAAUGAUAUACAUAAGGCCAGGGGAGUACAGCAGCUUUAAUAAUAUGGGUCUAGGCCCAGUGAAAAUUCGUUCCAUCAGACGCAUCAUGGAGUCCUGUUAGAAGAAAUUACACUUGCUAAGAAAGACACAUGAGUUCCAUAUAGUUUCCCAACAAGAAAUAUUGUGACAUUUAAUUCGCAAAUGUGCCAAGGAUCUUCAGUAUAAUGUCAAAGAUCACUUACUCCAUAUAUGUUUGAACAAAAUGUAUGACAAAACCAGCUUUUGCUUGUGGAAGCUGCACUACCAAAUGUUGAUUAACAUGGAUCAGAUUCAUUACAGCAACAUCUCAUUUUGUUGUUCAUCUAAUAUGUGAUGAUAAGGUUAAUUGCUUUUGAGAAAUAUACAGAUGUAUACAGAUCUCUCUGCCAGGAGAUUGUAAAAUAAAAUAAAAUAUAAAAAAGAAUAAAUGAAUCAAAA